UGUACUCCACCUUGGUCAUAGCGUUUUUGUUUGGUUCUUUCGUUCACCGGUGCUUCACUAUCUAAUCCAAUUCAACUCACAAAGCCAUCACCUCGAUUUCAAGGCACAUAGCAAUUCCUUUUUUCUUUUUCUUUUUUUAUCCUCUUUUCUUGAUCCUGUUUUGGGCGUUUGGUUUUCUGGGAGAUAAUGUCUACAGUGGAGUCAGAGAAGAAGAAGAAGAAGGAAGCGUUCGACGCAGAAGCGGGUUCGCUGCUGAUGAAGGAGCUGAGGGGAACCUUCGCUUCUGGCAAAACGCGAAGUUACGAGUGGAGAGUUUCGCAGCUCAACGCACUCUCCAACCUCCUCGUCGAUCACGAGCAACAGAUCGUCGAUGCUCUUCUCAACGACCUCGCCAAGCCGCCACUCGAAACCUUUGUAUUGCAGAUUGCUAUGUUGAAAAACUCAUGUAAAGUUGCACUCAAGGAAUUGAAACAUUGGAUGGCUUCGGAAAAGGUCAAAACUUCACUCACAACUUUUCCUUCUUCGGCUGAAAUAGUAUCUGAACCACUGGGAGUUGUGUUAAUCAUCUCUGCAUGGAACUAUCCAUUAUUGUUAUCACUUGAUCCAGUCGUUGGAGCUAUCGCUGCUGGUAACGCUGUGGUUCUAAAACCAUCAGAAAUUGCUCCAGCCAUGUCAUCACUGCUAGCAAAACUGUUAGGGGAGCACAUGGAUAACUCAUCUAUAAGAGUUGUUGAGGGGGCAGUAGAUGAAACAUCCGCAUUACUGCAGCAAAAGUGGGACAAAAUUUUCUAUACAGGUAAUGGAAGAGUGGGACGCAUUGUGAUGGCUGCUGCUGCAAAACACCUUACACCAGUUGUGUUGGAGCUUGGAGGAAAAUCUCCAGUUGUUGUUGAUUCAAAUAUCAAUUUGAAGGUAGCAACUAGACGUAUAAUUGCAGGAAAGUGGGGUUGUAACAAUGGACAAGCCUGCAUUUCUCCAGAUUAUGUUAUAACAACAAAAGACUAUGCUCCCAAGUUGGUGGAUGCCCUAAAGACUGAAUUGGAGAAAUUUUAUGGAAAGAACCCAUUGGAAUCAAAAGAUUUGUCCCGUAUUGUGAACUCCAACCACUUUGCUCGCUUGGCAAAGCUCUUGGACGAUGAUAAGGUUUCUGGUAAGAUUGUUUAUGGGGGUGAAAAGGAUGAAGGCAAAUUGAGGAUUAGCCCCACUGUUCUAUUGGAUGUCCCGCGAGAUUCUCUGAUAAUGAGUGAGGAGAUAUUUGGUCCUUUACUUCCUAUCCUCACGGUCGAUAAACUGGAAGAAAGCUUUGAUGUGAUCAAUUCAGGAUCAAAGCCUCUUGCUGCAUAUAUAUUUACAACCGACAAGAAGCUCAAGGAGCAGUUUGUUAUGACUGUUUCUGCUGGGGGUUUGGUUGUCAAUGACACUACUUUACAUCUUGCAGUUCAUACUUUGCCAUUUGGGGGAGUUGGUGAGAGUGGAGUGGGUGCAUAUCAUGGGAAAUUCUCAUUUGAUGCUUUUAGCCACAAAAAAGCAGUUCUAUAUCGCAGUUUUAUGGGUGAUGCAUCAGUAAGGUACCCACCGUACACGAAUACAAAGCUGAGAUUGCUGAAGGCUCUCAUUGGUGGUGGCAUACUUGGUAUAAUUCGUGCACUGUUUGGAUUGUCCUAGACUUGAAUUGUCUUGGAAUCUUGCUGCUAUUGACACCUUUUAUUCUGGCUUCCUUGUAUUAUUUUAUUGUCCAGAUUAGUUUUUAUUUAAGCAAAAAAAAUAAAAAAAAUAAAAUCAUUGACAAUGUAUUGUGCUUGAGAGUAAAUUUUAUCAUUGCUAUUUUAUUUUUUUUAAUUGUAUGAUUGUUUUAAGAUGCCCUGUGGUUGUUCUGCCCUAUCAGAGGCCAUGCUAGUACUGAUGUUAUUAUAUGUAUUCACUUGUAUAUCUUGAUACCAUGCCGUUUAAGGAAGUAUAACUCAUUUGAGUAUCAUAAUUGCA